AUGGCCACCCUAUCCGCCUUCGUGCGCUAUCUGCGCCUCAAGCUCCUAGUCUCCUUCUACCGGCUCAUCGUCAAACUGCUUGCCUCGCCCCCGAGACCUCGUCCUGAUUCCGUGCUGAGAAUUCCAUCACGCGAUAACAGACGCACUAUCAAAGCGAAUGUUUACAAGCCAUUGGAGAAGUACGCAGGCAACAAGGGCCCGCAUCCAGUCUUGAUCAACUUUUACGGCUCUGGCCUCGCAGUUCCCCUCUAUGGCGCCGACGACGGUUUCUGUCGGUUCAUCGCCACGACCUCCGGCUACGUCGUCCUGGACGUCGAGUAUCGACUCGCACCGGAGCAUCCGUUUCCCGCAGCUGUCCACGACGUCGAGGACGCGGUCAAAUACGUGCUUGACCGGCCGGAAGAGUACCAGACCUCGCAAGUUUCCGUGUCCGGGUUCUCAUCAGGCGGCACCCUCGCGCUCGUCGUCCCGACGCUGUUCCCUCGUGGCACCUUCCAGUCCGUCAUUGCGUUCUACCCGGCGACGGAUCUUGCCAGGGACCCGAGCAUGAGGAAGGCCCCAGCCCCGAAUGCGAAGCCGCGCUCGGCGUUCUGGACUCGGAUUUUUCGGGAGGCAUACAUAGGGAACAUGGAUCCGCGGGAUCCGAGGAUCUCGCCAGCGUAUGCCGAUACGUCCAAGUAUCCUGCCAAUAUGCUGGUUGUAACAGCGGAGUUGGACUCGUCGGCGCUCGAAGCGGAGGACUUGGCGAAAAAGGCCGAGGCGGAAGGCGUAGCAAGCGGUAGAAAUGUGGUUAUUCGGAGGAUGAAAGAGUGCGGUCAUGCAUUUGACAAGAAGAACAAGGAUGAAGCUUGCGUUCAGGCUCGAGACGAGACUUAUGGACUUGCUGUGGAUAUGUUGAAGAAAGUCGCAGGUGAGAGCGGUUGA